AUGGCCGCAUACACUCAACCAAAGGCGAAUGUGGCCAAAUUAUUGGAACUCGCCAACGAGAUCAGGGACAAGGCAACACUUGGCGUGUUCGAUUUGGAGAAGAUCAAUGAGGUCUCUUCAGACAACGAGUACCUCAAAUGCAUGCUCCAGUCUGUAACCUACACUGACACCAGAAUGAAGAUCAAACACUUCUAUGGUGGCUGUGAUGAUGGAAUGGGUCAGAAAGAAGAGUAUCACAUCCAAGGAUCAUUCAUCAAUGUUCAUGGCAAGAUCAUCGAGUUCAAGUUCUUUGCUAUUGGUGUUGUGGAAGGUGGUCACAGCGAUCACUACUACCACAACCACGACAGUCGUCUUGUUGUUGGAGAGUACAAACACAUGUUACAGAAGCACGUAUAUGACGAGAGUGAGAUCAGCGAGUUGAAGGCGGCAUUGUUCAAGAUCAUCAAUGAUGUCGACCAUUCAGACAAGGCACAACAAUACAAUGCACGACUCUCAGAUGCGGAUAUCAAGCAGUUCUUCAAGAUGAUCCUGCCAUCCACCUUCUGGAAGAGUCCAUACUUCAGCUUGGAUUACGAUUGGGAUGGUUACAACGUCCACCAUAAUGAUGAUGAUGAAUCGAUGAACGAUAGCGAUAACUGA